GAGUGAUCCGCGGAGUGGUGCAGCUCUGCUGGAAUAGUAUCACACCUUUUUCACCCACCUCCUGUGCUGCUGGGGGCGUACGGAGUGUACACGGAAUAUAUACCUUGACGGAUUAUUAUUAUUGAAGGGACGACAUUGUUUUGUGAUUUCCACCCUAAAGUUCUGGUGAUGAGACAGCCAGUAUUUUAGGAUAUGUGAAGCGCUGGCGCGAUAACAUCGUUCGCAUGUGAUUCUACAAGAUAACAUACUGACCAGGGACGAAACAUGGACUAAUCUCGAUCGCAUAAUGGGAUUUUCUACACUUUCUCUUGUGCUCGGGGUCUUUUGUAUUUCUUCAGUUUGGGGAUUUGGGGUUGACCCUGCCUUACGCAUCAACGUAUUCAGUGAGCUGUUGCUUGGAGAGACAGCUUUUGAGGGAGUCUCGCAGGUCCAAGGCUUCCACGAUGAGUCCAGAGCUUUUCUGUUUCAAGGUACGUCGCGGAAUGUGAGAGCAACGGAGGAUGUGGCCGAGCGCAUGCUCCUGAAGCUGAAGAACAAGACAGAGUUCACCGUGGUGGCCAGCAUCAAACAGGAACGCCUCAACUCCGGAGUCAUCUUGUCCAUCCACCAUGCCGACCAAAGGUUUUUGGAGCUGGAGAGCAGUGGGCAGAGGAACGAGGUGCGGCUCCACUUUCGAACCCAGGGCCAGCAGGCCCACACAGAGACCUUCCCCUAUACCCUGGCGGACGACCAGUGGCAUAAAGUGUCACUGGCCAUCAGCGCCUCACACAUCAUCCUGCAUGUAGAUUGCAACAGAAUCUAUGAGAGGGUGGUGGACAUCCCAUCAAUGGACAUGCCCGAUGGCACCUCCCUCUGGUUGGGACAAAGAAAUGGGGCGCAUGGAUUCUUUAAGGGGAGCAUGCAGGAUGUCCACAUACUGGUCAUGCCUCAGGGGUAUAUCUCCCAGUGCCCCGACCUCAACCGCACUUGUCCAACGUGUAAUGACUUUCAUGGACUGGUGCAGAAAAUCAUGGAACUGCAAGACAUUCUAGCCAAAACGUCAAGCAAGCUGUCCAUGGCGGAGGAGAAGAUGAAUGGUCUGGAUAGCUGCUAUUGUGAGCGGACCUGCAGCGUCAAGGGGCUGAUCUACCGGCAGGACGAGACCUGGACAGAUGGCUGCAGGAACUGCACGUGCUCGAAUGGCACAGUGCAGUGUGACACCAUCUUGUGCCCACCUCCAAACUGCCCCACGGGCACUGCCCCCACCUACGUCAAGGGAGCCUGCUGCAAGGAGUGCCAACCGGUGUGCUUGUUCAACGGCAGGCAUCUGUUGGAGGGCGAGAGCCGAACCUUCCGCGAGAACGGCAUGUGUAUGCUGCUGCAGUGCCGAGAUGGGACGGUGCACAGGGUGGUGACCCCUAGCUGCCCGGAGCUCAACUGCCCAGACGUGGAGCAGAUCACCCUCAUAGACAGAUGCUGUAAAGUCUGCAGAGGCUAUGACUUCUGUGCGGAGGACAACCCCUGCGUGGAGAACUCAGAGUGCGUCAACCUGGAGGCGGCGGCCCGCUGUAGCUGCAAGGAUGGCUUCCGCCCGCUCCGCGAUGACAACGCCUACUGUGAAGAUAUCAACGAGUGCGCGGAGGGGAAGCACUACUGUCGUGAGAACACCAUGUGUGUCAACACCCCCGGAUCCUUCAUGUGCAUCUGCCAUACUGGCUACAUCAGGAUCGAUGACUACUCCUGCACAGAGCAUGAUGAAUGUGCAACUGGUCUCCACAACUGCGAUGAUAACGCACUCUGCUUCAACACGGUGGGAGGCCAUAGCUGCUCCUGCAAGCCCGGCUACUCUGGCAAUGGCACCGUCUGCAAAGCGCUCUGUGACGGCCUGUGUCAGAACGGAGGGACGUGCGUCUCGCCCAACUCCUGCGUCUGUCAGCAAGGCUUCACUGGCAAGAGGUGUGAAACAGACAUCAACGAGUGUUCCGCUGGACUGGUGGAGUGCGACAGCAGGGCCAUGUGCGUCAACCUGCCGGGCUGGUACCACUGCGAAUGCCGAGAAGGCUACCAUGACAAUGGCAUGUUCUCUGUGAACGGCGAGUCCUGUGAAGAUAUGGAUGAGUGUAAGACAGGCCGACACACGUGUUCCAACGACACCGUCUGCUUCAACCUGGACGGCGGAUACGACUGCAGAUGCCCACAUGGACACAACUGCACGGGAGACUGCGUCCAUGACAACAAAGUCAAGCACAACGGCCAGAUCUGGGUGUUGGAGAAUGACAGGUGUUCCGUUUGCUCAUGUCAGACGAGCAUGGUGCUGUGUCGGCGGAUGGUGUGUGACUGUGACAACCCCACGGUGGACCUGUUCUGCUGCCCGGAGUGCGACCCACGCCUCAGCAGCCAGUGCCUGCACCAGAGCGGCCUGCUCACCUACGGCAGCGGAGACACCUGGGUGGAGAACUGCCAGCAGUGCCAGUGCCUGCAAGGUGAGGUGGACUGCUGGCCCCUGUCCUGCCCCUCAGUGGACUGUGAGUUCACCACGGUGCCUGAGGGGGAGUGCUGCCCGCGCUGCGUCACCGACCCCUGCCAGGCCGACACCGUCCGCAACGACAUCACCAAGACGUGCGCCGACGAGCACGGCAUCACCCGCUUCAGCGGCUCCUCCUGGGUCAAGCAUGGCACCGAAUGCACACUCUGCCAGUGCAAGAACGGCCACAUUUGUUGUUCAGUGGAUCCUAUGUGCCUUUAGUCUCCCGGAGGGCACUGAAGGCAUUUGUACAGUCUAGUCUACGUAGACGAUAUUUGCAUUUCACCAUCCCACCCCCCUUUAGCCCCCUGAAACCUUUAAGUCAGUGAUGGGCAACUAGGAUUCAGAAGCUACAAUCCAGUGCCACAUAUUCCAAAUGACCUGGUUUUACCUGUCACCAAUUAGUCAAUUGAACAGAAUUGAACAGGUAAAACCAGGUAAUUUGGAAUAUGUGGCAUGGAUUGUUGGUUCUGAAUCCAGGUUGCCCAUCACUGCUUUAAGUUAUACCAAAUUCAAAUGUGUAUUAUACCAAAUGACUGACAAAAAACACCCCACCUCUAACUCAUCUCCGCAGCUGAGCGCUGAGGCUCACAAUACUGAUUGGAAAUCAUCAUUCUGUAAAAUAUUAUAUACAGGCAUGACUGUACUAUUAUGUGUUGACAAUGUUUGUUCUUGUUUUUAAUUCUAAUGAAAAAUAUGAAAGGCUAUAGACAUCCUAGAUAGUGAACUUCAGUGUAGUUCUCAUUACUAAACACAUGAUGGAGUCUUCUAUAAUAAAAAAGAUAAAAUAACACUUUUUUUGCUAAUAAUUUGUUACUUUUUGUUCUUCAGAACUUCAGUUGGAUGUAUUAUAUGGCUUGUUAUUGUGU